AUCCACCGCGGCGCUGGUCUGUUAGUCACAUGACCCUGACAUUAAAGCGGAAAUGACAGCUAGCGCUUCACAGUCUCACGGCAGACAAAAGGGCUGUGAUGUGAUGUGAUGUGAUGUGAUGUGAUGUGAUGAUGGCAGCUGCCAGUGUGUCUCAGUCUGCCAACAUUCAGGCCCCAGAGAAAUCACAGUUGACCUUGAAAGUGUUGUCUGCUAAGCCUCAGUCUCCUAAACUCCCCAAUCGUCACUCUCGUUUGAGUUCAUUUGUGGAAGUGACCGCUGACGGCCUGACCAGUGAAACGAAGAAAACAGGCAAACGCACCGGAAACCUAGAACUGCAGUGGAAUGAAGACCUCACCCUGAACGUGACUCCUCAGAGUCGUUUGGAUCUGAAGUUGUGGAGUUGUCACACAUUGAGGAAGGAACUUCUGGGCAAUGCCACCAUUGACUUACUGGACACUCUACGAACACAUGAUGGCAAGAUGGAGAAUGUACAGCUCAGUCUGGUUCUACAGACAGAGAACAAAGGCUCGGUUGUAGCAGGAGGUGAGCUCAACGUCUGUCUGGACGGCCUGGUUGUUGAUCUAGGAUCUCUGCCCAGUGGCAACGCUGCCCCAGACAAGAUAGUUCACUCGAGCAGGUCUAAUCUGCACAGAGCUCAUAGUGAAGAGACCCCGAGUACCAGCAGCCCCCGUGGACGAAGUUUAGCUCUUUCAUCUGUGGGUUCUUGUGGAGAUUCUCCAGCUGACGUCAGAGGAGCUGUUCUCACUAAUGGUGAACUGAACGGAGAAGCUGCAGACAACACAUGCUGCCGCAACUCAAAGACGGCCAUCAGCAGCCUGAGCGACGCUGGUAAAGGUGAGACGGCUGCUAAUGGGAUUGAGGACGGUCAUCUAUCACGUCCAGCUCUGUCUUCACCCUCACUGAGCUCAACCCCCUCUGCUGGGAUGGACAGUUCUGCCCUGCCAGCAGCCACAGAGACCCCAUCCUCCACCGAUCAGACCAGUAUAGCCACAGAGACACACACCACUGAUGCAUUGCCUGCUGGUUGGGAACAGCGAAUUCUGCCUCAUGGACGAGUCUACUAUGUGGAUCAUAACACGAAGACCACCACAUGGGAGAGACCCCUCCCACCAGGCUGGGAGAAGCGUGUGGAUCAGCGCGGCAGGUUCUACUAUGUGGAUCACAACACCAGAACCACCACGUGGCAGCGGCCCACAGCCGAGUCUGUGCGCAACUAUGAGCAGUGGCAGUCUCAGCGCAGCCAGCUGCAGGGAGCCAUGCAGCAGUUCAACCAGAGAUACCUCUACCAGUCGUCUGGAGGUGUGGUGGAGAAUGACCCGCUCGGGGCUCUUCCUCCAGGCUGGGAGAAACGUCAGGACAACGGAAGAGUGUACUAUGUCAAUCACAACACUCGAACGACGCAGUGGGAGGACCCUCGAACCCAAGGCUCAAGACAGGGUGGCUCUCCGGGUGCGUACGACCGCAGCUUCAGGUGGAAAUAUCACCAGUUCCGCUUCUUGUGUCAUUCCAACGCGCUGCCCAGUCAUGUGAAGAUCUCCGUAUCCCGACAGACUCUAUUUGAGGACUCAUUUCAGCAGAUCAUGAACAUGAAGCCCUAUGACCUCCGCCGGAGGCUCUACAUCAUCAUGAGAGGAGAGGAGGGCCUGGAUUACGGAGGAAUAGCCAGGGAGUGGUUUUUCCUGCUGUCUCAUGAGGUGUUGAACCCCAUGUACUGUCUGUUUGAGUAUGCCGGGAAAAACAACUACUGUCUGCAGAUUAACCCUGCUUCUUCCAUCAACCCCGACCACCUCACCUACUUCCGCUUCAUCGGCCGCUUCAUUGCCAUGGCACUGUAUCAUGGGAAGUUCAUUGACACGGGCUUCACUCUACCCUUCUACAAGCGCAUGCUUAACAAGAAACCCACCCUCAAAGACCUGGAGUCCAUUGACCCUGAGUUUUACAACUCCAUCAUGUGGGUCAAAGAGAAUGAUUUGGAAGAGUGCGGCGUGGAGCUGUACUUCGCUCAGGACAUGGAGAUUUUGGGCAAAGUGACGACACACCAGCUGAAGAACGAUGGAGAAAAUGAACUCGUCACUCAGGACAACAAGGAGGAGUAUAUUAGUCUGCUCACUGAUUGGCGCUUCACACGUGGGGUGGAGGAGCAAACGAAAGCCUUCCUGGAUGGCUUCAAUGAAGUUGUGCCUCUGGAGUGGUUGCGUUAUUUUGAUGAGAAAGAGCUAGAGCUCAUGUUGUGUGGGAUGCAGGAAAUUGAUCUGAAUGACUGGCAGAAGAGCACCAUCUAUCGGCAUUAUACCAAAAACAGCAAGCAGAUCCACUGGUUCUGGCAGGUGGUAAAGGAAAUGGACAAUGAGAAGAGAAUUCGCCUGCUGCAGUUCGUCACAGGAACUUGUCGCCUGCCGGUUGGAGGCUUUGCAGAACUGAUAGGAAGUAACGGGCCACAAAAAUUCUGCAUAGACAAAGUGGGGAAGGAAACCUGGCUGCCUAGAAGUCACACCUGCUUUAAUCGUCUGGAUCUGCCGCCCUAUAAGAACGUGGAGCAGCUCCGAGAAAAACUUCUGUUCGCUAUCGAGGAAACUGAGGGAUUCGGACAAGAGUGACGAGACUGAUUAUAUCUCGGCAUGCGAAGGACAGGACCGACACAAUAAUUAACCAGUUUCUUUUGAAAAGGCCAUUAAUGUGGACUGAAUGAACAGACUUACAGUCUGUCAGAUUUACAGUUCAAUCACUAGUUUACCUAAAAAUGAAAACUUAUUUUAUUCACCCUCACGUCAUUCCAAACCGAUAUGCUGUUAUUUUUCUGUGCAGCACAAAAGAAGAGUUUGGAGGAAUUGAUUGCUAUGAUUUGUUGUUUUACAGAAAAGAGCUGCGUGACGAUUCUUCAAACUUCAACGUUUGUGUUCCAUAGAAUAAAUAACAGCAUGCUCAUACGUAAUGUCAUGAGGAUGAGCAAACAACAGCUUCAUUUUUGGGUUAACUAUACUUUUAAACAGCAGAGCGAAGACGCUGAUGGACCAGCAGCAGAUAAAUGAUUUGUCUGAAUGUAAUAUUUCAUUUGGUCACUUCAGGGAAUGAUGAUUUCACCUUACAUUUCUAUGCAGAUAAAACAGUGCAAAUUAUGAAACACUUCACAGCAUAAUGUCAUUAACCAGAUUUGUAAGUCAAAUUAAAAUGAAUUCCCUGAACUGCCUAAAUCAAAAUGUAAUCAAUCCUGAUUUUCCAGUGUGAGGUGAAAUUCUCAAACUCACUGCUUAUAAUUCAGAAUUAUUACUACUACUAAUAAAAUAAACCACAGCGAAUCUUCAGUUGCAGAUGUCAUGGACCGCAGAGAUGGGGCUCACGUGUCAUAUCAGUGUGUGUAUAUGGACUAGAAGACCACUGAGAUAGAAAAUAAUUGUUUUAAAGAGAUUGAUCAGACAUGAUUUCAUUAUUUUGUGACAUGCCAUGCUACA